AUGAUAAAGGAUACUGCGAGCAUGAAAGCUGAGGAGUUAGGGCUUGAGACUAUAGAGCGUGAACUGUUUCACCAACCGCAGUUCGACAAUCUCAGAAGUUUUGUAGUGGAGAUUUACGGUAGAAAUUCGGAUAUGGCCCUCAUCAAAGCGCUAGAUGAAACUCUCGGCUAUAUAUUUGUUGCAAAGCAGAUUGCCGCUGCAAUCAUUGACAAUCCUGCAAACAAGCUGAUGCUGGAAUGGCGAAGAAAACAAUUCAAGAUCUGGGCGAUAGCAAAGAUAAUACCGAACGAUAUCAAAGUCGAGUUAGAGACGCAGCCCGGUGAUCUGCUACUCGAGAACGUCUGGUUAGAAUACGAAAAAUUUCAUCGCGAUUUUAAGGUGACUGAUCCCAAUUAUUCGUCACCGUAA